UUAGGAAACUUGCUCAAGUAGACCUAAAGUGUCAUAGCAAAACACUUUGCUGUUGCUGCUGUCCUGGAAAUAGGGAAUUUUAGUUACAAUACUAUUUUCCAGACAAACAUUACCUAUAAAAUUGAGAUGUAAAAGGCAGCAGGUCACACACAAAGUAUUUAAACUUGUAUCUACAGUGGCUUACAGGAUUGGGAUCAAAUUAAUUUGUUGUAUUUUCUUCCUGUUCCCUCAGUUACUUCCUGAAAUAAAAACAAAUGCCAACUAUUUCAUUUCACAGAACCACAAAAUCAAUUAGGUUGGAAAAAGUCUCUGAGAUCAUUGAGUCCAAUCUAUGACCAAACACCAAGUCGACUAGACCAUGGGAUUGAGUGCCACAUUCAGUCUUUCCUUAAACACCUCCAAGAAUGGCGACUCCAUCACCUCCUGGGACACUCCAUUCCAAUCUAACUAUCCUUUCUGGGAAGAAACUCUUCCUCAUGUCCAAUCUGAACCUCCCUCGGCACAGCUUUAGGCCGUGUCCUCUGGUCCUGUUGCUUGUUGCCUGGGAGAAGAGGCCGAGCCCCAGCCGGCCACAGCCUCCUCUCAGGUGGUUCUAGAGCGAUAAGGUCACCCCCUAGCCUCCUUUUCUCCAGGAUAAACACCCUCGGCCCCCUCAGCCGCUCCUCAUGGGACAUGCGCCCCAGACCCUUCACCAGCCCCGUCGCCCUUCUCUGGACUCCAUUUCAUCCAUUUAUUUCACCGCUGGCUUACUGUUUGACUUGCUGGGGUUGUUUUUCCCUCCCAGCGCUCCCUUGGUUACUCCCCGAGAUAAAAACAGACGUCAGCUUUUUAACUUCUCCGUUCGGCGCUGCCGCUGGGCCGGCCGGGCCGGGGCUCCCCGGCAGGCUCCGCCCGCCCCGCGGCCGCCCCGCUGACAUCACCGGAAAGGCGGCUCAGCCGCGGCCAAUGGGCCGCCUGACGGCCGCGGAGAACCGGGCAGGACCCGGAAGGUUUCGCAGUCGGAGCGUUGCUGCCCCGCGGAGAGCCCCCGCUGCCGCUGCUGCCUGUCCCUGCGUGCCCCAUGGACUCGGUGGGAGUCGCCGCCGCCGCGCCCGACGCCGGGCCGGGCCCCGCCUGGCAGAGCAAGUGUCCGUGGGGAGCCCCUAGCACAACAUCAAUAUCAUGUUCUCUUGCUGAUGUAAUGAGUGAACAGCUGGCAAAAGAAUUGCAGCUGGAAGAAGAAAAUGCUGCUUUUCCUGAAGUGGUUGCUGCUGCUGAAGGACCAUUUAUUACAGGAGAAAAUAUUGACACUUCAAGUGAUCUAAUGCUAGCUCAGAUGCUGCAGAUGGAAUUUGACAGGGAAUACGAUGCGCAGCUCCGGCGUGAAGAGAAGAAGAUCAAUGGAGAUAGCAAAGUCUCCAUAUCCUUUGAAAAUUAUCGGAAGGUGCAUCCCUAUGACAGUGACAGCUCAGAGGAUGAGGUUGAUUGGCAGGAUACCCGUCAUGAUCCAUACAGAGCAGAUAAACCUACUACUACACCAAGAAGGGGUUUCAUUGGAAAAGGAAAAGACAUUACUACAAAACAUGAUGAAGUGGUAUGUGGAAGAAAAAACACUGCUCGCAUGGAAAAUUUUGCACCCGAAUUCCAAGUUGGGGACGGAAUUGGGAUGGACUUAAAGCUGUCAAAUCAAGUCUUCAAUGCCUUAAAACAGCAUGCAUACUCUGAGGAACGUCGAAGUGCAAGGCUCCACGAGAAGAAGGAGCAUUCCACUGCUGAGAAAGCAGUGGAUCCUAAAACACGUUUACUUCUGUACAAGAUGGUCAAUUCUGGGAUGCUGGAGACCAUCACAGGCUGCAUCAGUACAGGAAAAGAAUCUGUUGUUUUUCAUGCCUAUGGAGGAAAUGCAACUGAAGAUGAUAAAGUUAUUCCUCCAGAAUGUGCCAUCAAAGUGUUUAAAACAACUCUUAAUGAAUUCAAGAACCGCGACAAAUACAUUAAGGAUGACUACAGAUUUAAAGACCGCUUCAGUAAAUUGAAUCCACGAAAAAUUAUUCGUAUGUGGGCUGAGAAAGAGAUGCAUAACUUAACAAGAAUGCAAAAUGCAGGAAUUCCUUGCCCUCAAGUGGUUAGCCUUAAGAAACAUGUCUUGGUUAUGUCUUUCAUUGGCCAGGAUCAAGUCCCAGCUCCUAAACUAAAGGACGUAACACUUAGUAGUGAAGAUAUGAAAAAGGCCUACUAUCAGAUUCUUAAUAUGAUGCAGCAGUUGUAUAGGGAGUGCAACCUGGUCCAUGCAGACCUGAGUGAAUACAACAUGCUUUGGCAUGAUGGGAAGGUCUGGCUCAUUGAUGUCAGUCAGUCUGUGGAGCCAACCCAUCCUCAUGGACUUGAGUUUUUGUUCAGAGACUGUAGGAAUGUUUCACAGUUCUUCCAGAAAGGAGGCGUGGCAGAAGCACUUAAUGAGCGUGAACUCUUCAACGCUGUCUCAGGUUUAAAUAUUACAGCUGACAAUGAAGUAGACUUCCAAGCAGAGAUUGAAGCUUUGGAGAAGAUGAAUGAAGAUCACGUGCAGAAUCAUGGAAAGAAACUGUCCACGUUUUCCAGUGAUGGGGACCCACCUAUAUAUGAUGAAUAACACUGAGUUUAUAGCCGCUGAUGAGACAAAACACAGAUUUACUGCUUCUGACUAUGUUGGUGCAGUGAUAAAUGUCAACUGCCAAUGUCAAGAGAGUGGUUGGCUGGGAAUACCAAUAUGGAAAACACAGCAAGCAUAUGGUGAUGCCUCAGUGGUUUGCUUUUUUUUUUAACUUGUCCCACACAUCAGGCUGGCACUGUGAGAAUGGACUGUCACUACCCCUUUGAACAGAUUGACAAUUUCACCAAUUGCCUAGUUAUAUUAGACUAAUGUAGCUCAGAUGGCCAUAUUUUGCAUGAUUCAGAGCUUACAUGUCUUUUAGUCUAAAAAAAAAAAAAAAAAAACAACCUAAAAAUCAUCUAUAUUGUCCCAAGUAUUUAGUGGGAAAGCACAUUAGAAAAGUCCCCCCCUUUUUUUUCCCUAAUGCAACUUGAAAAACUAAUCAAACAUUGUGUAUGGACACAAUGUCUUUCAUCCAUCUCCACCAAGGGCAAAAUGAAAAGGCAAACUGUGCACUGCAAUCAUAUGAAAAUGUUCAUUUAGCAAAGUAAUAUAUUUAUAAAUGUAAAAGUCUGGACAGGGAAUGUGGCUCUAAUUAUCUCUGUAAAUCCUGUUGGGUAUUACAUGGGAAUUUGAUUUGAAUCCAACCAGCAGAGGACUUCCUUGGUGCCAUGCCAGGAAAUCCUGAGUCAACAAUGUAUAAUAAAAGAGUCAGUUCAGGUAGCUUCACUCUUAAUACACAAAUGGUUACAAGAACUUGGUGCAAGCCAAAAAUAAAACCAUAAUAAUCCUAUCUCUACCUAGAAUACUGGUUGGGAACAUCAAAUGUUCUUGCCCUAAAGAUAAUCAUAGACAAAUCUGAGUAUUCUUUUUGCACCUGUAAGAAAAAAAACCCUUUUUUUAAAAAUAAUGAUGACUGAUACUGGUUUCCGCAGUCUAUUUAUUCUUAAUGUUGGUAUUUUUUUUUCCCCAACAACUUAUAAAAAUCUACUGAUGUUUCUCUCCAAAAAAUACAUUUAAAGAUGAACUGAUGUGUUGGGAUAGUUUGGAAUUAAGGAAUUUUAAUCAACUUCUUUUUAACUGAUUUCUGGUUUCUAGUUUCUGAUGCUGCUCUUUAUCAAGCAGAAUAUAGUGAUGCUACAUGUGACCUUCUCACAGUGUGCUGUGAAAGUGACUUUUUAAUAUUUUUGUUGGAAAACUGGUGGUAAAGUAAAAAUCUAAUAUCUUG